GAAUGGCACGGAAAGAGGAGCAGCUGACUCCAGGACAGAAGCUGCUGGCCAUCAGGAGGAUGCCCAGUCCCCUGGAGUACUUCAGUUAUAACUGUAACUUCUUGGGGAUCCUGGCCGGUCCGACCUGCUCCUACAACGAUUACAUCGGUUUCAUCGAGGGCAGGAAGUCAGAGCCCAGCGCACCGUCACCUAAUACUGAAGUGGUGAAGAAGGUCUCGACCUCUUUCUUCUGCCUCCUCGUCUUCCUGUCCGUCUGCAAAGUGUUCCCCGUGGAGCGGAACAUCGACGAUGACUUCCUGUCGUCCACACCGCGCUGUGCUCAGGUGAUCUACCUGUACCUGUCCAUGCUCACCACCAGACCCAAGUACUACUUCGUGUGGACGCUCGCUGAUGCGAUCAAUAACGCCGCUGGUUUUGGUUUUAACGGCUAUGGCAGCGACGGCUCGGCUCGAUGGGACCGGAUCUCGAACCUGCGGAUCCUGAACAUCGAGUUCGCCACAAGCUUCAAAGACUUCCUCGACAACUGGAACAUCCAGACGGCUCAUUGGCUCAAAAGGGUCUGCUAUGAGCGCUGUCCCUACUACCCGACGGCCGCCACCUUCAUCCUGUCGGCCAUGUGGCACGGAGCGUAUCCCGGGUACUACCUCACCUUCCUCACCGGCAUCUUCAUCACGCUGGCAGGCAGGGCGGUGCGACACAACGUGCGGCCGCUCUUCCUGCGCUCCCAGACCCUGAAGCGAGUUUACGACGUGAUGACGUGGGCGGCCACUCAGAUCUGCAUCUGCUACAUGGUGGUGCCCUUUGUCCUGCUGUCAGUCGGACCCUCACUCAAGUUCUACCGGUCCUGGUACUUCGGGCUCCAUGUGGUCUGCAUCCUGCUGGCCGUGGCUCUGCCCGUCAAACCCAGACACCUCCGCCUCAAAGAGCAGCGCCACCUGCAGGCCACUCACAGAAACUGCAUCCAGAGGGAGAAGACCACAUGAGGGACAGUCAGCGUUUCACUUCCAUAAACUUGUACAGAGAGACGAGGACCAUGCCUUCCUGCUGUCGCUGCUACAGGAGCACGAGGGGCGGGACAGGGAGUUCAACACUCUAUAAGAUGGGGGCGUGAUGAAGUGUUACUGUUUACAGAAAGACUAGAGAGAGAAGGACCGCCGGGAGAGACCUCUUUCUGGGUCAGAGAAUCUGCAAAGAUGGAGAAUAUAUAUAUAGAUAUACGUAUCUAUAUAUAUAUUCAGUUUCUUCAUUUGGAGCAGCUGGAUGUUCUUCCCAUCAGAAAGCAGCUGACUGUCCAUCUGCAGGGAUGACUGAUCAGGAGGAAAGGAUGAACAUGGAAACGACAUGUAAAUAAAACGUGUUGAAGACCAGAGCAUUGAACAGAUGCUCUCAGAUGUCGUAUUGUUCUCUAUUAAACCAUCUCAGUGUCGUCAGUCUGGAGAAAGUGCCAAUGUGCCAACGAUGAUCCCAGUCGCCUUAGUGGUUUUUGUACAGGAAAAAGAAAAGUAUUUACUCUGUGGGUGUGAGCGGGGGGGAAGUGUUUACAUUUGUAGAUGUUUGUUAUUUAUGUAACUUAAACAGAAGUGUGUUUUGAUGUAAGCUGUGUGAGUUAGCGCUCAGAUAGCGUUAGCUUUCCAUCUGUUGGGGCAACAGAGCGGUUAGCUUGUUCGGCUAAUGGUUAUCUAACAACCUAGCCUAGCUGCUACGUUCAAUUUAGCUAAUCUGGUUUAGGGUAGCAUUAGCUAACACUUCAGUAUUUAGCUUAUUCAUUAGCAUCUGGUUUAGUUGUUGAGCUAAGAGAGUUGGCCCCAGUUUAGCUAACAACAGGUUAGCUUAAGGUUUACCUAGCAGCUAAUAGCCUCAUGUUUACACCGUGUUACUGAUAACACCUGUUCAGGUUAACUAAAGGAUCAGUGGGGGGGUUAUCUCUUUAAAGUACGUUUAUUUUAAAGCGAGUGAGUUUAGCAUAUUUUGCUCUAACAGCUAAAGCUAAGCUAACAGGCCAUUAUGUUGCAGUUGGUUCAGUUUUCCUUCUGAAGGAACGUGAAUGUAUUUCUUCUGAACCAAGACCUUAGGCUAGCGGCUAGCCCAUAAUAUAUUUUAAAUGAUGCAUCGUGAAGGCCAUGUUAUGGCGCAUUUCCACCAUGGCGCGUAGCGCGGUUUAAGCGUGCCGUGUCGUGCCGGGCCCGUUUUUGGUUGCGUUUCCACUAGGCCUAGUUCCGGCCCGGAGCUAC